AUGGGUGUGACAGGCCUUUGGACCGUAGUCGCACCGACAGCGCGACCGACCCAACUUGCGUCUCUGAAUCGGAAACGCCUGGCCGUCGAUGCCUCGAUAUGGAUAUACCAGUUCCUGAAAGCGGUGCGUGACAAAGAAGGAAACGCCCUACGCAACAGCCAUGUCGUCGGCUUCUUCCGACGCAUAUGCAAACUCCUGUACUUCGGCAUCAAACCCGUCUUUGUCUUUGACGGCGGCGCUCCCAUCCUCAAACGUGAAACCGUUCGGAGGCGAGCGAGGAGACGGGAAGGUCGGAGGGAAGAUGCCGCGCGCACGGCGGGCAAGCUACUCGCCGUGCAGGUCGCGCGGGCGGCCGAGGAGGAGGAAAAGAGGAGGCGCGCCGCGAGAGAACACACACCCCUCGAAGAGGAAAUACCCGCCGAUCAGGAGCUUGUCUAUGUCGAGGAGAUUGGCAUGACGGCUAAGGAGAGGCAGGCGGGCAGAGGGUUCAAGCGUAAAGAUCAAUAUCACCUGCCGGAUCUUGAUGUCAGUAUCGAGACAAUGGGCGCCCCCAACGAUCCGCGGAUCAUGUCUCAGGCAGAGCUUGAGGAGUAUGCUCGUCAGUUUCACAGUGGUGAGGAUAUCAACGUUUAUGAUUUCAGCAAGAUCGACUUUGAGAGUCCGUUCUUCAUGUCUCUACCGCCGGGCGAUCGGUACAACAUUCUCAAUGCGGCACGGUUGAGGUCGAGAUUGAGAAUGGGGUAUACCAAGGACCAGCUCGAUGGGAUGUUUCCCGAUCGCAUGGCUUUCUCCAAGUUCCAGAUCGAGCGUGUGAAGGAGCGGAACGAACUGACUCAGCGACUCAUGCACAUCAACGGAAUGGCGGAGGAUUUUCUGAACCAAGGCGGCAGGAUUGCUGGUGAGAAGGGCAAAGAAUACAUCUUGGUCAAAAAUGAUGGUGUUGACGGUGGCUGGGCUCUGGGUGUGGUCUCGAACAAGAAAGGCAGUCGUAGAGAGAAUGCCAUUGAUCUUGAAGAAGAGGACGAGAAUUCUGAUGAUCUGGUCAAAGAUUCAGACGAGGAGGAAGAGUUCGAGGAUAUUGCUAUUGAAGGCCUCAAUCGACUGCCGAAGAACUUGCAGCGUAAGCGCAAAGCUGUGGAUUACGAUAUGUCCUACGAGGAGGCUGCGGAACAGAUUGCACGUAAACGAAGAGCAGUGUACGAGGCGAGGAAAGAUGCUGCGGCGUCUCGACCGGCUGUGCGUCCAGCUCCGGAGCCAAAGCCAGCAGUUGCAGCUGGAGAAUCUUUAUUUGUACCUGAGGAAAAUGCUGGAGACGAGGAUGAUGACAAUGAGUUGUUCGAGGAUGUUCUUCCCAUCGUGCCUGAGCAGGAAGAAGAGGAUGAUGCUCUUCAGCGAGCAAUUGCCAUGUCUCUGGAGCAGACCGAGCAAGAUGAAGCUGCUGGUGGGUUUGUUGCCGAGGAUUCUUCGAAAGGACCCUUUUCUGACAUGGACGAUGACGACGGAUUCGACCUACAGGCCGCCCUUGCUGAAUCAAGGCAAUCAGAGCAUACCGCGAAGACCGAUGUGCGACCCAAACGGCAAGAGCAGAAGGCAUCACUUCCAACACCCAAGUUUGAUGGUCCUUUGCCAUUUGAGUCAUUAAAUCUUGGACAAUCACUCCUAGGCAAGAAGAAGUCGAAGAAAGUCGAAGAAGACUUAGCAGGAGGCUUUGAUCGAGACCUCGGUGGCGACACAUUCCGCAAGGAACGAUCUCCACAACCUCUUCCCGAUUGGUUUAACGCCGCUCCAUCAACGAGAGAUUUGAAGCAUAAUACGAUUGCGGAUGAGGGUGAUGAGGACGAUCAUGUCACCUAUGGUCGGGAGGAUGUGGAUAGACGAGCGACGAUUCGUCGCCAUGCCACAAAGGAGGUCAUUGAUUUGGAGGCAGAGGAUGGUGAAGGCACAAGUCAAGCUCCAAUUACCCUGGGCGAAGACGAUGAGGUAGAAGUCGAGGAAGAAUUUCAAGAUCUGACUCAACUAUCUCAAGCCACAGACACCUUCCCACCUACCCAGCCAGAACAGCCAACUGACGCUCUCAUUGAGAUCAAAGAUCCAGAACAACGCAAGAGAGACGAAGAACGCGAGCAGCGGUAUGCACUGGGAAGAGCAAUCGCCGCGGAAAACACCUCCCAAGAAAUUUCAAUGUCUGAUGUGGCCGAAAAGGUUCAGGCGGAGCCACCAAAACCAUCGGAGAUUGCGAACUUCGUCCCAGACGCACCACCCUCGCCACCUCGCAUCGAUGCGCUUGGCCUCGAAGAAAGCGAUCAUGGAGGUAUAGAAUGGAGUGAGUCUGACCCUGGCGAUGUUGGAAGUCCUGGCUCGCUAGGGACAAUUGAAGAUGAGCCAUCCACGAGUAAGCCUGCACAACUUACGACUGAGCCAACCCGCGAAGACGAGGAUGGAGACGAAGCAUUCGAGGACGUGGAUGUGCAAGCUCCGACCACCCUUCGGCAGGAAGACAGCUUCAUGGUGCGUCAAAGUCAGCAAGCGGAAGAUGACGAUGAUGCUGAUGAAAAUUUUCCCUCUGCCCUGGUCGAGGACGCAGAAUCUCCGACUGCCCCUGCAGCUUCGACCCGUCAAGUCGCAUCUGGCCAGGAUGAGAUUGAAUUCGAAGACAUGUCUGAGUCUGAAGAAGAGUUGAUCCGACAACUAGAGAUCGAAGCGAAUGAACACGCACGGUUUGCAUCGUCACUCAACAAUCAGAGGACGACAGCUCAAGCUGUACGUGACUACGAGAUGGAACUAAAGCAAUUACGCUCACAGCAGAAGAAAGACCGUCGUGAUGCAGAUGAGGUCACGCAGGUCAUGGUACAAGAAUGCCAGGCUCUUUUGCGGCACUUUGGACUUCCAUAUAUUACUGCACCUAUGGAGGCGGAAGCGCAAUGUGCGGAGCUUGUACACCUUGGUCUUGUGGAUGGUAUCGUGACUGAUGACUCGGACAUUUUCCUCUUUGGUGGCACAAGAAUCUACAAGAACAUGUUCAAUGCCGCAAAGUUUGUCGAAUGCUAUAUUGCUACCGAGCUUGAGAAGGAGUUCCUACUGGACCGUAGACGACUCAUUCGGUUUGCUCACCUCUUGGGAAGUGAUUAUACCGAGGGUAUUCCUGGCGUGGGACCUGUUACCGCACUCGAAAUCUUGACAGAGUUUGACACCCUGACAGAUUUCAAGGAGUGGUGUUCCAAAGUUCAACUGGGUCGUCCGAAGGAUCUCGAAGGCCAAUUGACGACCCCGUUUCGGCGCAAGUUUCGCAACACCGUUCAGAAGCGCAUUUUCUUGCCACCUGGCUUUCCCGAUCCGCGUGUGGAUGAUGCGUACUUGAACCCGGAGGUCGACUCCAGCCCAGAGCCGUUCCAGUGGGGAUUGCCAGAUUUGGAUAAGUUGAGAGGAUUUCUCAUGGCGACUAUCGGAUGGAGUCCAGAACGUACUGAUGAAGUACUCGUUCCUGUCAUCAGAGACAUGAACAAAAGAGAGACGGAGGGGACCCAAAGUAAUAUCACGAGAUUCUUCUCUGGUGGUGUCGGCGCAGGCGGAAGAGGCAUCGGUGGCAGGAGCUCGGGGCUGGCGAUAGGAGGUGAAAACAUUCCCACCAAUGGUAGAACCCUGCAGGAGCCAACAGCACCUCGGAAUCGCACGGGCAAGGAGUCUGGACGGAUGAGGAAUGCUUUCAAGAGGCUCAGAGGCGAGGCCGAGAAGCGGCGGAAAGGUCUGGACGACGAGGAGUACGACGAAGUUGACGAUCCAGACGAGGUCGCUGGGUUGGCUGACCCUGCUUUCGUGGAGGAGCAACUUGAUGAAAGUGAUGCUACUCCAGUUAGCAAUGAGUUGGGACGCGGAAAGGGCAAAGGAGCAUCCCGGCCAAAGAGAGGUAGACGGGCUGCGGAAGAGGCGGACAAUGAUGAACCUGAUGAUCACGACUUGACGGCAGAAGACGAACGGGAGGCUUCCAUCGAGGGGGUUGAUGAGGAGGAUAAUGAUGAGGAAGGGCGGAUCUCCAGACGCCGAGCCAAAGUUGCUCCGAAGAAGAAAACCGUGACGAAAAGGAGAAAAGCAAAAGCAUGA